UCCACCUCGCCCCCCUCCCCCCCCUUCACCGAGCGAAACAUCCACACUCUCCCCGUCGCGGCCACCUCGCCGGCGGCACCGCCGCGCCGGCCCCUUCACGCCGCGAACGUAUCCUUCUCGUCGUCGCGCCGGCCCCCGUUGCAUCGCACAGCGCGAGCCGGAGGUAGGAGUCGCCUACUCGCGCGGGCGGCCGGAGAGAAGACCCCUGGGCGCGGCGUAGACGGCCUCCGCUCCUUCCCGACCCCGCCCUAGACUCCUUCCUACCCCGGCGCGGCCCGGCCUGGCCUCAUCGCGCGCACGGCCGGCGAGCGGGUUUGGAGGGGCGGGGCGGCGCGGCCGACCUCCUUCCACCGGCCCCCUACCUCGGUACGAAUCGAAUAGCGGCCUGUGUUUCCAAAAGGAAUUGGGGGUUCAGUUGAACCCCCAUGCCCGACAUUAGGUCUGCCCCUGGGCGGGGCAAGUCCGACGAGGACGAGCGGCGGCCGAUUGGGUCGUUGUUUAAACUUAAGAGGAAGCGCAAGGCGCAGGCUUCGGCCGAAGCUAAGGCAGAUUCAAACCCUAGCGCGGAAUCGGAGGCUCCUGAUGGUGUGGUGCCAGGGGAGAUGGAAGAUACCUUGGCUAGUAUAAAGAGGAAAUUGAGGAAACCUAAGAAGGGCAAAGAAGGGGGUGAUGUUGGAGUGGUUGGAUCGGGAGCCAAAGGCGAGGUCCUGGCCGAGCAAGAAGAUGCUCAGGGUGGUGUUGAUAAUAUUGUUGAUGGUGUUUCAGAUGAUAAGAGCAUUCUGGAGGGUGUGAAAGCAAGGGUUGAUGAAGUCGUUAGGGGUGCCUUGCAGGGUUCAGGUGGUCUAGGGUUAGAUGACUCCUUGUCGACACUCUUUAAGAAACCUGGUCGAAAGUCUCGACAUGUCUCUGUGAAGGAGGAAGAAGGUGUGGAAGUUACUGAUUCACAUGUUGAGAAAAUUCCUGAGAAGGGAACUGAUUUGGUUUUGGAUAGGGUUACCAAUGGCCCUAAACGGAGAAGGCGCCGCACAAAGGAACAGAUGAAAGAUGCUGCUGCAAAAUCAGAAAGAACAACGGUGAAUGAAGGAUUGCCCAAUCGGAAAGUCAGCACCUCCUUGCCCAGGAAGGCAAAAGCAGAGGCAAAGGUGAAGAUUAGUAGUUCCAACAGGCGCUCAAGGAAGUCUGAUGUGAAACAGAAGGCUUCAGAUGACGGACUAUGUCACCGAUCAUUGGGAGAAACAAUUGAACAAGAUGCGGAGACCAGGACAGUACUGGACGAUGUAUCUGGAAAUUCAUCUGAUGGUGCCAGUCAUCAUAUUGAAGUUCCAGCUUGUUUAAGCAACCGACCUUGCAUGAAACCUUGCUCAGGAGAGCUUGCUGAAGAAGUGUCUCAUAGUGCAGCAAAUGCAGCAGCCACUGAUGGUGUUUCUGAUGAACACACAUACUCCCAAACAUUAUUAAAGGAAAGAAAUGAUGAUGCAGGUUGUCCCCAUGACAAGCCACCGGCAUCAAGCAUAAAAGGCAUACAUGGUAAAAAAUCAACAGAGCUGCUUAAGAAACCUGUUCGACGAAAGGAUCAGUUGUUAUCUACUGAUGUUGACAAUGAACAUGUGGUAGGCUCAGCUGACACUAAAGAUGUCAAUAUUGAACAAAAUGCAGCUGUGCCAACAGAAGGAAAAUUUAAUCAACCAGCUUUGGGGAUCCCUGAGUCCAACGUGACCGGGAAGGGUUUACGUAAAAUGACAACACCUGUGAAAGAUCUGGAUGUGGUUGAUGUGGUAGCACCUUCAGAUUUCGAGGACAUGGAGAAUGCAUCAAAGUCGAGGCGUGUGACACGUAGUGCUAGAAAACGCAAGCAUGGUGACAUGGCAUAUGAGGGUGAUGUUGACUGGGAAACUCUAAUGCAGGAGCAGGGGCUGUUUUCGAACCUCUCAGCAUCCUUAGCGGACCAUUCUGUCAAAUUAAAAGAUAAAAUCAAAAUCUCUGAAGUUCAUGACAAUGGAGAUGAUAGUGGUAUUGCUGCAGUACGUGCUGGCCUAAAGGCAAAGGCUGUUACUCCAAUUGAAAAGAUAAAAUUCAAGGACAUCUUGAAGCGCAAGGGCGGCCUUCAGGAGUACCUGGAAUGCAGGAACAUGAUUCUAAAUCGAUGGUGCAAGGAUGUUAAACAUACAUUGGAUCUUGCAGAAUGUGGUGUAUCUGAUGUUUGUUUGGAUGAUGAGCCACCACGUCAAACACUUACUCGUGAUGUGUAUUUAUUCUUAGAUCAAAAUGGUUACAUAAAUACUGGAAUUGCCUUAGAUAAGGUGAAAACAAACCAUGAAAGUCCUCCUGAAGUUGUAGAAGUAUCCAAGCUAAGUGAAUCACAUGAAAGAAAAUCUGUCAGUAUACAUGAUGAUAUUGUCACUGAACCAGUCCAGGACAAUAAAGCUGGUGUUAAAAGCACUGAGUGCGUUUUGAUAGAAGCAUCAAAUGAAGGGAGUAGCUCUGCUGCCAUUCAAUAUGAUGCUCAAGACUUGCUGCCUCCCUUGAAGUCUGAAGAACAGAUAUCCGAAGAAAAGAAUCUGGGUGUAUUAACUGAAGAUAGAGAUGAAUUAGUACUUCCCAGCAAUUCCAAUAUCCACUCUAAGUCAGACCUCAAUGGUUUCAUUUUAAAAGUUGAAGGCAACAGUCUUCAACAAGCAGAAGCAGCUGAUAUAGAACAUUCUGGAAACAAACAUGAAGUAAGUGAUAAAGUUGAGUCUGGUGGGUGUGGCAAAAAGAUAAUAGUUGUUGGGGCUGGUCCAGCUGGGUUAACGGCUGCACGACAUCUGCAGCGUCAAGGUUUUUCUGUUACUGUUCUUGAGGCACGUAAUAGGAUCGGCGGUCGUGUUUAUACAGAUCGUGUAUCUCUUUCAGUUCCUGUGGAUUUGGGUGCUAGCAUUAUUACAGGUGUGGAGGCUGAUAUAGCAACAGAAAGAAGAGCUGAUCCAUCUUCUUUAAUAUGUUCUCAGCUUGGUCUUGAAUUGACUGUGUUGAAUAGUGCUUGCCCUCUCUAUGAUGUUGUAACAGGCAACAAAGUUCCUGAUGAAUUGGAUGGAGAUUUGGAAUCUGAAUACAAUGGUCUUCUUGAUGAGAUGGCACAGCUUUUUGCACAAAACGGUGAAAGUGCAGUGGGUUUAUCCCUUGAGGAUGGAUUAGAGUAUGCACUUAGGAAGAAUCGAGUGGCUCAGUCUGAACAGGAGGAUCAGUUAAGAAAUAUGUCAAGGUCUGGCGCUAUAGACAUUUCUGAGAGUGCUUCCACAGAAAAGGAGAUAGCCCACUGUGGAAAGGAGGAUAAGAUAGAUGUUCUCAGCCCUCUUGAAAGAAGAGUUAUGAACUGGCACUUUGCACAUUUAGAAUAUGGUUGUGCUGCAAUGCUGAAAUCUGUUUCUCUUCCAUACUGGAACCAGGACGAUGUGUAUGGAGGGUUUGGAGGAGCCCAUUGUAUGAUUAAAGGUGGCUACGAUACUGUUCUAGAGAACCUUGCAAAAGGACUUGAUGUUCAGUUAAAUCACGUUGUAACUGAUGUACUUUAUGGAUCUGAGGAACUAGGUGCCAGUGGUAAUAGCAGGAAAUUUGUCAAAGUCUCCACUUCAAAUGGAAAUGAAUUUGUGGGAGAUGCUGUGUUGAUCACUGUUCCUCUUGGUUGCUUGAAAGCACAAACAAUCAAAUUUUCUCCUUCAUUGCCAGACUGGAAACUGUCUUCCAUUGACAGACUUGGAUUUGGUAUUCUCAAUAAAAUUGUGUUGGAGUUUCCUGAGGUCUUUUGGGAUGAUAAUGUGGAUUAUUUUGGUGCAACUGCCGAAGAAACUGAUUUAAGAGGACAAUGCUUUAUGUUUUGGAACCUCAAAAAGACAGUUGGCGCGCCAGUUCUGAUAGCACUACUUGUUGGGAAGGCUGCUAUAGAUGGACAGAGUAUCAGUUCUGAUGAUCACGUUAAUAAUGCUAUGGUGGUUCUCCGAAAGCUCUUUAGGGAUGUUUCUGUACCAGAUCCAGUUGCAUCCGUUGUGACAAACUGGGGCUGUGAUCCUUUUAGCAGAGGAGCUUACUCUUAUGUUGCAGUAGGAGCAUCAGGGAGGGACUAUGACAUUUUGGGAAGGCCAGUUGCAGACUGUUUAUUUUUUGCUGGCGAAGCAACAUGUAAAGAACACCCAGAUACUGUUGGUGGUGCAAUUUUAAGUGGUCUUCGAGAAGCUGUUCGGAUUAUUGACUUGGUACACAGUGGUAAGGAUUAUGUGGCUGAGGUUGAAGCUCUACAAACUUACCAGAUGCAGUCAGAUAGUGAAAGAAAUGAAGUUAGAGACAUGUCAAAUAAACUUGAAGCAUGUGAACUUUCAACUGCUCUAUGCAAAAACUCAUCUGAUGCAUCCUAUCCACUAUUUAGUAAGGAAUCUUUACUGCAAGAAAUGUUCUUUAGUGCAAAGACUACAUCAGGGCGCCUACAUUUGGCCAAAAUGUUAUUGAAGCUUCCUCCAGAUGUUCUUAAAUCAUUUGCUGGAUCUAAAGAAGGACUAUCUAUGUUGAACUCCUGGAUACUCGAUUCACUUGGGAAGAAUGCUACUCAACUGUUGCGGCAUUGUGUACGCUUGCUUCUGCUCGUUUCAACCGACCUACUAGCUGUUCGCUUGUCUGGAAUUGGGAGAACUGUAAAGGAAAAGGUUUGUGUCCAUACAAGUCGAGAUAUACGUGCUAUAGCUCGCCAGUUGGUUAGUGUGUGGGUAGAAGUUUUCCGUAAAGAAAAAGCUAGCAAUGGUGCACUAAAAUUGCUGCGUAGGAUGCCAUCAGCUGAGUCCAGUAAGCCGAGGAGUAAGGAUCUACAAUCAGGAAAACCUGUUGGACGUGCCUCAAAUCAAGUUCCAGAUAACCCUAAAGUGGCUUCAAGGCAUGCAAGAUCUGCUGGAAACCAUUCACCACACAGAGCAAUCAAGAUACCUGAGAACAAGGCUGCAAAACUGGAGGCUAUGACAGCUACCAGGUCUGAUGGUAGCUCGCUUCGUUCCCAGAAGCAGCAUAAUGAUCUGGAACCUAAAGCUGAUAAUGGCCUCGUUAUUAUGUCUGAGGAAGAAGCUGCUGCAUUUGCUGCUGCUGAGGCUGCUCGAGCUGCUGCCAUAGCAGCUGCACAGGCAUAUGCAUCUGUGGAGGCAGAGAUAAAUGCACCUCGUGAGCUUCCGAAGAUACCUGAUUUCCAUACUUUUGCCAUGCGUGACCAUUAUUUAGAUGAGUCUGAUACAAGAAAGAAGGUGUUAAGUGACAACCUUGGGAGACUUGAAUGCAUAUCAGAAAUUGAUUCCAGGAAUGACAAAGAUAAGAACCCACCAGUUGACCAUGCCAAUUGUGCUGAUGUUGACAGUUCAAAAAUGACUGGUGAUAACUGUACACAGAGGAGCUACUCAAAUGAGAAUGCCUGCCUAAUAAACGUUAGGGAUCAUUCCACAGAUAGUGGAGCUGCAGACAGUCGGUUCACGAGGGCAUGGGUUGAUAUAGAUACUAUCAUUAUUGAUGGUGUCAAGGAUCCUUUAGCUAUUGAGAGGUGGCAGCAACAGGCAAUGGAAGCAGAUAAAGAAUUCUACAGUCGGAUACGUAUACCUGAUGAAGAAGACUCAAGUAGCCAAAAGCAGACAUGUAGAAGUUCUGCCUCACAGGUUGCAGAAAGCAAACCCGCAUCAGAAGGGCAAUCACGAGGUGUAGACCAUUUAAGGCAGGGUCUUAUAAAUUUCAUAUCCACAUUGCUGAUGCCACUAUACAGAAACAGAAAGGUUGACAGGGAGGGGUACAAGACAAUAAUGCGGAAAGCUGUCACGAAGAUCAUUGAGACAUGCACAGAAGGAGAGAAAAUUAUGACUGUUCAUGAAUUUCUUGAUUCGAAGAGGAAAAAUAAGAUUCAAAUUUUCGUGGAUAAGUUGGUUGAGAGGCAUUGCCAUCUGAAUCGACCUCCCAAUUCAUAACAAGCAGAAGCUUAUCAGGAAGCUGUUACAUGUGGAGGGAGCAAAUUGUAUUUAUCAAAGCAAGCUGUCCUCCAUUAGGCAUCGACUCCAUAUGAACUAAAAGUUCUGUUCUAAAGCAGGCAGCAUUGGCCUUGGAGUUAAAAUCACAUAUGAGGGAGAAUGUCGGGAACAUCAUUGGUCAGAUCAGCACAUUCGUUUUUGCGAUCGCUGCCAUCAUCAUAGCAGCGGUUAAAUGGUUAAUGGCCUUUCCAGGACAGUUGAAUGUGUAGAUCUCUGUGUAUUGACUUUGCUUGCAGUUGGCUUGUGUGCCGAAUUGAGCGAUAUGGCUUGACUGAAGUGCCAUAUGAAGAUAUGGGAUUCAGCAUGGUUACUUUGCAAUGGGCGCUCAUAUACCUUAAAGGACAUUAGUUUAGUUCCUGUGUUAGUGGAUUAAAGCCGUUCAUUGUUCGGAGAUAACAUCAAAGUAGAUCCAGUCUUGUUUGCUCUUUAAUGUAUAGUUUUUGUUGUUUCUAGCAACCAUCUAACUUAAAAUGGGCGUCAUUUAAAAGGUGCAGCAGCGGGAGGUUUUUUUGUAGCGUUUGUACAUCCUUGGGCCUUGUCUGCUUAAAGGAACUCAAUGACUGCUGAGAGCAAAAUGAUCCGCAAAUGAGAAUUAAACUUCACCAACAAAGUUUUCUUGUUACUUUCUACCUUGUUUUCACAUGUUUGUUUGUUCCAAUAUAAAUGUAUGGCUAAUGCGAUCUGUCUUAGAGCAUUUUUCAGGCCGAGUUUUUACACGGCCUUAUGUAAGACAGAAGUCAGUAAAACAAUAGAGUACAGCAGUGUAUUAGUUCAUUUGUACAAAUGUGUAAUGGGAGUUUAUGAGCUCUCAAGAUUGAGCCUAAUUAACUUUGUCUUUUGGGUAAUGUUCACUUACGAUACAGGAAAGGCUGCUUGCGUCAA